AUGAUAUUGUUAAUAAUAGGACUGUUAAUUUUUUCACUCUUCUCAUAUUUCGCAUACCUUAUCUUUGUGAAACCUUACGUAAGGAAUAAAUGGUACGUUAAGUAAUAUGGUAAAAUAUGCAAGCCAAUAUAUUAUCCUAUACUUGGAAAUAUAAAAUUUGUAAGAGAGUCUUUUAAAAAAUAUGGAGAUAGUUUGCAAUGGAUAAGAGAACUCCUUAAAAAUGAUAAUGAUGUCUAAUUCUUAAUUGGAUACAAUAAUAUACAUAUUGUGGAUGCAUAAUUAGCAAAAGAUAUAACUUUAAAUAAUCUUUAAAAUAUUAGAAAGGACAUGGGUAUGUAAUUUGGUGAUUUACUUUUUAAAUAAGGCAUCGUUUUUUCUGAAGGUGAAAAGUGGAAAAAAUAAAGAUAAAUUCUUUCUCAUUCAUUCUCUUUUGAUGUGUUGAAAAAUAGAGUAUCUAAAAUCAAUAAUAUUGUUAAAGAAAUGAUUAAUAAAAUAUAAAUUGAAGAAGGAAAACCAACUAAAAUUGUAACUGAAUGCACUAAGAUAACGGCAGAAGUUGUUUUAAGAUCCUUUUUUGGAGAGAGAUUUUCUUAACAAUAACAUAAAGGAAUAAACUUAGGCAUAUAUUUAGCUUAGCUUUUACUCUCUGUUUUUGAUUAAACAAGAAGAUUAAGGAUGCUAAUACCUUCAUUUUUCUUUCCUAAAUUUAUGUCAAAAAUAUUUGCAGAUGAGAAAUAUUAUGAGGUUUAAAAAAAUUGUAUUGAGUUUAGAUAGUUAAUAGAAAAAGAAGUUAAUCUAAGAAUUGAAAACUAUGAUUAAAAUAAAACUCAAAAAGACUUUUUAGACAUUUUAGUUGAUGAAUACAAAUUAAAUUAUUCUAAAAAUGAUGGAAAAGUUGAAGAAUACAUUACUAAAGAAUCCAUAAUCCAUUAGUUUAUUGUUUUCUUUUUUGCAGGUAUGGAUACAACUGGAAAUUUGACUGGCAUCAUGCUUUAUUGGGUUUCUAAAAGAAAAGAUAUAUAUGAGAAAUUAGUUUAAGAAAUAAAAAGUGUAUUUGGGUAAAAUAAAGAUCCUGAAAUCAAUGACGAAUAACUAAAGAAAUUAAAUUAUUGCCACAUGUUUAUCUAAGAAUGUCUCAGAUACCACUGCCCAGCAAUGUUAUUGUUCACACGUAGAGCUGAAAGAGAUUUUUACAUUGGAGACAAUAUCCUUGUUUAGAAAGGAAUGUAAGUUAAUAUUUCUCUUCAUGGAGUGCUAAGAAGAGAAAAAUAUUUCUAGAAUCCAGAUGAAUUUAUUCCUGAAAGGUUUAGUGAAGAAAAUAAGAAAAAUAUUAACCAUCUUGCCUUUAUCCCUUUUUCAAGUGGCCCUAAAAACUGCAUAGGCUAGCAUAUGGCUUUGAUUGAGGCUAAAAUUAUCCUUGUCUAGUUUAUUCUUAACUUUGAUAUAACGAAUAACGAAAAUGUUCCUCUUAAAAUGGACUCUAAUUCACUUUAUUGUCCAGUUAAUGAUGAGUUGCUAUUUUUAAAAAGAAAAUAAUGA